GGAGUGCAAUGGCGCUAUCCCGGCUCACUGCAACCUCCGCCUCCCCGGUAAGAAAACUGUCAUGACAGAGAGGUUAAGACUGUAGUCCAAGGUCUGUGCUAAAGCCAGCCCAGCGGACUGUCGCCAGAAUGAACCAACGGGAAAGAGGUCAGAAGGAGCCAGAUCCGCCAGGGCCAGCCCUCUCUAGGGCUCCUUGGGGACCCCCAGCGGAUGAGGACUGCAGGCGGCCCAGGCUAAACGUGCAGCGAGUCUCGCUCUCAGAGGUCUGAUGAUGGAGGAGCCUUGGGCCUGGCUGUCCCAGGGGAGGAGGUGAAAUUCCUCAGCUCUCCACCAAGAUUGGCAACAAAAGCCUGAUCCCCUGGAACACAGCAGGCCUCACCUAGAGGGUCAGCCAUUGGAUCAUAGGAACUGCCCUAGCCUGACUCACCCAAUAUGGAGGAGGUGCCUGGGGAUGACCCGUGUGAACACUUUGAGGCCAACAUGCUUACCCAGAACCACCAUCAAAACUGCUUCCACCCUGAGGAGGCCCACGGAGCAAGAUACCAGGAGCUCAGGAGCCCUUCAGGUGCUGAGGUGCCCUACUGUGACCUGCCUCGAUGCCCACCUGCCCCUGAGGACCCACUCAGCGCCUCAACCUCCGGCUGCCAGUCUGUGGUGGACCCGGGCCUCAGGCCAGGGCCCAAGAGGGGCCCAUCCCCCUCAGCAGGGCUCCCGGAAGAGGGUCCCACAGCUGCCCCCAGGAGCGGGAGCCGGGAGCUUGAGGCAGUGCCUUAUCUGGAGGGCCUGACCACUUCCCUGUGUGGCAGCUGCAACGAAGACCCCGGCUCUGACCCCACCUCCAGCCCUGACUCUGCCACCCCUGAUGAUACCAGCAACUCGUCCUCUGUGGACUGGGACACUGUUGAGAGGCAGGAGGAGGCCCCCAGCUGGGACGAGCUCGCAGUGAUGAUCCCGAGGAGGCCUCGGGAGGCGCCGAGAGCUGACAGCUCCCAAAGGGCUCCGUCUCUCCUCACCAGGUCCCCUGUGGGAGGAGACACUGCAGGCCAGAAAAAGGAGGACACCGGCGGUGGGGGCCAGAGCGCAGGACAGCGCUGGGCAAGGCUCCGGGGAGAAAGUGGGUUCUCCCUGGAGCGGCGUCGGUCGACACUGACCCAGGCUUCCUCCAUGACACCACACAGCGGACCUCGAAGCACCACGUUUCAGGCUUCCCCUGCCCAAAGGGACACUGCUCAGGCUGCCUCUACAUGUGAAACCCCCAGAGCCUCCUCUCCCCACCGAAUCACCCAAAGGGACACCUCCAGGGCCUCAUCCACCCAACAGGACACCCCCAGGGCCUCAUCUACACAGUGGAACACCCCCAGAGCUUCCUCUCCCUCACGAAGCACCCAACAGGAUAACCCCAGAACCUCUUCUACUCAGCAGGACAACCUCCAAACUUCUUUUCCUACUUGUACUCCCCAGCGGGAAAACCCCAGGAUACCCUGUGUCCAGCAGGAUGAUCCCAAAGCCUCCUCUCCCAACAGAACCACUCAACGAGAGAAUUCCAGAACAUCCUGUGCCCAGCGGGACAAUCCCGGGGCCUCCUCUCCCAUCAGAGCUACUCAACAGGACAACCCCAGAAUAUCCUGUGCCCAGCGGGACAAUCCCGGGGCCUCCUCUCCCAACAGAACCAUCCAAAGAGACAGCCCCAGAACAUCCUGUGCCCAGCGGGACAUUCCCAGAGCCUCCUCUCCCAACAGAACCAUCCAACAAGAGAACCCCAGAACAUCCUGUGCCCGACGAGACAAUCCCAGGGCCUCCUCUCCCAUCAGAGCUACUCAACAGGACAACCCCAGAAUAUCCUGUGCCCAGCGGGACAAUCCCGGGGCCUCCUCUCCCAACAGAACCAUCCAACGAGACAGCCCCAGAACAUCCUGUGCCCGACGGGACAAUCCUGGGGCCUCCUCUCCCAACAGAACCAUCCAGCGAGACAGCCCCAGAACAUCCUGUGCCCAGCGGGACAUUCCCAGAGCCUCCUCUCCCAACAGAACCAUCCAACAAGAGAACCCCAGAACAUCCUGUGCCCGACGAGACAAUCCCAGGGCCUCCUCUCCCAUCAGAGCUACUCAACAGGACAACCCCAGAAUAUCCUGUGCCCAGCGGGACAAUCCCGGGGCCUCCUCUCCCAACAGAACCAUCCAACGAGACAGCCCCAGAACAUCCUGUGCCCGACGGGACAAUCCCGGGGCCUCCUCUCCCAACAGAACCACUCAACGAGACAGCCCCAGAACAUCCUGUGCCCAGCGGGACAUUCCCAGAGCCUCCUCUCCCAACAGAACCAUCCAACAAGAGAACCCCAGAACAUCCUGUGCCCGACGAGACAAUCCCAGGGCCUCCUCUCCCAACAGAACCAUCCAGCGAGACAGCCCCAGAACAUCCUGUGCCCAGCGGGACAUUCCCAGAGCCUCCUCUCCCAUCAGAGCCACCCAACAGGACAACCCCAGAACUUGUAUUCAACAGAACAUCCCCAGAUCAUCUUCCACCCAACAAGACAACCCUAAAACCUCUUGUACCAAACGGGAUAACCUCAGACCCACUUGCACACAGCGGGACCGCACACAGUCCUUUUCCUUUCAACGAGACAACCCUGGAACCUCCUCAUCUCAAUGCUGCACCCAAAAGGAGAAUCUGAGACCAUCAUCUCCCCACCGCUCCACUCAAUGGAACAAUCCCAGGAAUUCAUCUCCCCAUCGUACUAACAAAGACAUCCCCUGGGCCUCGUUUCCCCUCCGGCCAACUCACAGUGAUGGUCCCCGAACCUCUUCCCCAUCUCGCUCCAAGCAAAGUGAGGUUCCCUGGGCAUCCAUCGCCCUCCGGCCAACCCAAGGUGACAGGCCUCAGACAUCCUCUCCCAGCAGGCCAGCCCAGCAUGACCCACCCCAGUCCUCCUUUGGCCCUACCCAGUACAACUUGCCAUCCCGGGCCACCUCUUCCUCCCAUAACCCAGGCCACCAGAGCACCUCCCGGACUUCCUCACCUGUGUACCCCGCUGCCUAUGGGGCUCCCCUGACCUCUCCUGAGCCCUCCCAGCCCCCAUGUGCUGUGUGCAUUGGGCACCGGGAUGCCCCUCGAGCCUCUUCGCCCCCUCGCUAUUUGCAGCACGACCCCUUCCCCUUCUUCCCAGAGCCCCGCGCCCCUGAGAGUGAAUUGCCCCACCACGAGCCUCCCUAUAUACCACCUGCUGUGUGCAUUGGACACCGAGAUGCCCCCCGGGCGUCCUCGCCCCCCCGCCACACCCAAUUUGACCCCUUUCCCUUCCUCCCAGACACCUCAGACGCCGAGCAUCAGUGUCAGUCCCCCCAACACGAACCCCUUCAGCUCCCUGCACCUGUGUGUAUUGGGUACCGAGAUGCACCCCGGGCCUCCUCCCCACCACGCCAGGUCCCAGAGCCUUCCCUCUUAUUCCAGGACCUCCCCAGGGCCAGCACAGAGAGCCUUGUCCCUUCCAUGGACUCAAUGCACGAGUGCCCCCACAUCCCCACCCCUGUGUGCAUUGGGCACCGGGAUGCACCCUCCUUCUCAUCCCCACCACGCCAGGCUCCUGAGCCAUCCCUCUUCUUCCAGGACCCCCCUGGAACUAGUAUGGAGAGCCUGGCCCCCUCCACUGACUCUCUGCAUGGCUCCCCAGUGCUGAUCCCCCAAGUGUGCAUCGGGCACCGGGAUGCACCCCGAGCCUCCUCCCCACCCCGCCACCCACCCAGUGACCUAGCGUUCCUAGCACCCUCACCUUCGCUGGGCAGCUCCGGGGGCUCCCGGGGCUCAGCGCCUCCCGGGGAGACCAGGCACAACUUGGAGCGGGAGGAGUACACUGUGCUGGCCGACCUGCCCCCACCCAGGAGGCUGGCCCAGAGAGAGCCAGGGCCCCAGGCGCAGUGCAGCAGCGGGGGCCGCACCCGCAGCCCUGGCCGCGCAGAGGUGGAGCGCCUCUUCGGGCAAGAGCGCAGGAAGUCCGAGGCAGCGGGGGCCUUCCAGGCCCAGGACGAGGGACGGUCACAGCAGCCCAGCCAAGGCCAGAGCCAACUUCUCCGAAGACAGUCCAGCCCUGCCCCCAGCAGGCAGGUGACCAAGCUCCCUGCCAAACAGGCAGAACUGACUCGGCGGAGCCAAGCAGAGCCCCCUCAUCCUCGGAGUCCUGAGAAGAGACCUGAGGGAGACCGGCGGCUCCAGGGGUCCCCGCCACCCCCCAGCACAUCAGCCAGGACCCCUGAGAGGGAGCUGUGGACACAGAGACCUCUGGAGAGUGGCCAAGCAGGCCCAAAACAGCCUCUGGGGGCGUGGCAGAGUCAGGAGGAACCGCCAGGGUCCCAGGGCCUUCAUAGACACCUGGAGAGGAGCCAGGAGGGAGGCCUGGGCCCUGGGGGCUGGUGGGGAUGUGGAGAGCCCAGCCUGGGGGCAGCCAAAGCCCCGGAGGGAACAUCGGGGGGCACUCCCAGGGAGUACAGGGAGAGCUGGGGGCAGCCAGAGGCCUGGGAGGAGAAGCCCACUCAUGAGCUCCCCAGAGAACUAGGGAAGAGAAGCCCACUCACGAGCCCCCCUGAGAACUGGGGAGGCCCCGCAGAGUCCUCACAAUCUUGGCACCCUGGGACACCCACUGCUGUGGGCUGGGGGGCAGAGGGAGCGUGUCCAUACCCGCAUGGCUCUGAGAGGCGACCCGAGCUUGACUGGAGGGAUCUGCUUGGCCUUCUCAGGGUACCAGGAGAGGGGGCCUGGGCCCGUCUCCCCAGCCUGGACUGGGAGGGCCUCUUGGAGCUCCUGCAGGCCAGGCUGCCCCGCAAGGACCCAGCUGGACACAGGGAUGACCCGGCCAGGGCUUUAGGGCCAGAGCUGGGUCCCCCAGGCACAAAGGAUGUCCCUGAGCAGGGGUUACACAGCCAGCCAGAAGGCUGGGCCGAGGCCACCCCAUUCAAUGGACACAGCCCUACACUGCAGUCCCAGAGCCCGGUCCAGCUGCCCAGACCUGCCUGCACCUCCACCCAGUGGCCAAAGAUCAAAGUGACAAGAGGACCAGCGACCGCAACUCUGGCAGGCCUGGAGCAGAUGGGCCCCCUGGGGAGCAGGAGCGCUGCGGAGGGCCCCAGCUUGCCAGAGCUGCAGUUCCAACCAGAGGAGCCUGAGGAGUCAGAACCAAGCAGAGGCCAAGACCCCCUGACUGACCAGAAGCAGGCAGACUCGGCAGACAAGAGGCCAGCAGAGGGCAAGGCUGGGAGCCCGCUCAAGGGCCGACUGGUGACCUCAUGGCGGAUGCCCGGGGACCGGCCCACGCUGUUCAAUCCGUUCCUGCUGUCUCUGGGGGUCCUCAGGUGGCGAAGGCCCGAUCUGCUCAACUUCAAGAAGGGAUGGAUGUCGAUCUUGGACGAGCCUGGAGAGCCUCCCUCCCCCUCGCUCACCACCACCUCUACUUCGCAGUGGAAGAAACAUUGGUUUGUGCUGACAGAUUCAAGUCUCAAAUAUUACAGAGACUCCACUGCUGAGGAGUGGGCCCUCUUGCUCCAGGCAGAUGAGCUGGAUGGUGAGAUCGACCUGCGUUCCUGCACAGAUGUCACUGAGUACGCGGUGCAGCGCAACUAUGGCUUCCAGAUCCAUACCAAGGAUGCUGUCUAUACCUUGUCGGCCAUGACCUCAGGCAUCCGGCGGAACUGGAUCGAGGCUCUGAGAAAGACCGUGCGUCCAACUUCAGCCCCAGAUGUCACCAAGCUCUCGGACUCUAAUAAGGAGAACGCGCUGCACAGCUACAGCACCCAGAAGGGCCCCCUGAAGGCAGGGGAGCAGCGGGCGGGCUCUGAGGUCAUCAGCCGGGGUGGCCCUCGGAAGGCGGACGGGCAGCGUCAGGCCUUGGACUACGUGGAGCUCUCCCCGCUGACCCAGGCUUCCCCGCAGCGGGCCCGCACCCCAGCCCGCACUCCUGACCGCCUGGCCAAGCAGGAGGAGCUGGAGCGGGACCUGGCCCAGCGCUCCGAGGAGCGGCGCAAGUGGUUUGAGGCCACAGACAGCAGGACCCCAGAGGUGCCUGCUGGUGAGGGGCCGCGCCGGGGCCUGGGUGCCCCCCUGACUGAAGACCAGCAAAACCGGCUCAGUGAGGAGAUCGAGAAGAAGUGGCAGGAGUUGGAGAAGCUGCCCCUGCGGGAGAAUAAGCGGGUGCCCCUCACUGCCCUGCUCAACCAAAGCCGAGGAGAGCGCCGAGGGCCCCCAAGUGAUGGCCACGAGGCACUGGAGAAGGAGGUUCAGGCUCUUCGGGCCCAGCUGGAGGCAUGGCGUCUCCAAGGGGAGGCUCCUCAGAGCGCACCGAGAUCCCAGGAGGAUGGCCACAUCCCCCCAGGCUAUAUCUCACAGGAGGCAUGUGAGCGCAGCCUGGCAGAGAUGGAGUCCUCACACCAGCAGGUGAUGGAGGAGCUGCAGCGGCACCACGAGCGGGAGCUGCAGCGGCUGCAGCAGGAGAAGGAGUGGCUCCUGGCCGAGGAGACAGCAGCCACGGCCUCAGCCAUUGAAGCCAUGAAGAAGGCCUACCAGGAAGAGCUGAGCCGAGAGCUGAGCAAAACACGGAGUCUCCAGCAGGGCCCAGAUGGCCUCCGGAAGCAGCACCAGUCAGAUGUGGAGGCACUGAAGCGGGAGCUGCAGGUGCUAUCGGAGCAGUACUCGCAGAAGUGCCUGGAGAUUGGGACGCUCACGAGGCAGGCCGAGGAGCGCGAGCACACGCUGCGCCGCUGCCAGCAGGAGGGCCAGGAGCUGCUGCGCCACAACCAGGAGCUGCAUGGCCGCCUGUCAGAGGAGAUAGACCAGCUGCGCGGCUUCAUUGCCUCACAGAGCAUGGGCAACGGCUGCAGGCGCAGCAAUGAGCGGAGUUCCUGCGAGCUGGAGGUGCUGCUUCGUGUAAAAGAAAACGAACUCCAGUACCUGAAGAAGGAGGUGCAGUGCCUCCGGGACGAGCUCCAGAUGAUGCAGAAGGACAAGCGCUUCACCUCGGGAAAGUACCAGGACGUCUAUGUGGAGCUGAGCCACAUCAAGACACGGUCCGAGCGGGAGAUCGAGCAGCUGAAGGAGCACCUGCGCCUUGCCAUGGCUGCCCUCCAGGAGAAGGAGUCGAUGCGCAACAGCCUGGCUGAGUAGAGGUCCCGCCCAGCUGCAGACCCUCCAGGCUGGAGGACCAGCCGCCAUCCUUCCCUCCUGGAUGGAAGUCAAAAGCCAAGCUUUCUCCCCACCCUCUGUGGGCCACACGUGCACUUGCACCCACCACACACACACACAGACACAGACACAUACACACACACGUGCACACGUACACACGGACACACACACACACACACUGCAUAUCUGAGCGCGCCCCUCUCACUGGGUCUUACCUUGCACCUUCUUCAGGAUUUUAUAUGUGAAGAGAUUUUUAUAUAGAUUUUUUUCGUUUUUUUCCAAAACACUUUAUACUUAAAAAAAAAAAAAAAAAGCAAUUCCUGGUGGCCGUGUGCCUCCAACCCUGGUCCCCCCUCUGUCUCCAGCCACCCUGUGCUUGGGCUUCUGGGCUGGUGGCCCUGGCCCAGGGGUCUGGCAGAGGCCCAGGCAGCGGCCAUGGUGGGGUGUCUCUGCAGGGGAGAGGCAGGAGCCUGCCACCCUCUUCCUACCCUACCUCCUACUAACACUUCCUGCCCCAUUUGGACCCGUACCAUGGGGCUCAGGACAGAGGGAGCUAGCAGCUGGCCUCCAUGGCCCCACAGCCUCCUUCGAGGCUGUGCUGGGUGCAGAACCGCCAGAGCCACCCAAAAGGUGUUUCUCUCCUGCUCCCUGAACCUCUUAACUUAAUAAAACGUUCCAGCAGCUCUGGUGUCCUAGAUGGCUGGCAGAACAGGAAUGGAGAUUGGGGUUUCUUGAAGUGGCUUCCCCACUCACACCCUACCCCACCCCACCCUUCCUAAAGCAGCGGCCUCUAGGCUUCUGAGGGUGGGGCUGAAAAUCCAAGGUCUCCCUUAGUACAGACUGACACCCCCAGUGUGGCUUGCAGGCCAGUGGCAGCAGAAGCAUGUGAGAAAUAGCAAGUCCAGCCCCACCCCGACCUACUGAACCAGCAUCUGCAUUUUAACAGGGUGCCCCAGUGAUUCACGUGACUUUCAAAGUCUGAGGAGCCCUGGAGUAGGGCCCAGGGCCCAGGCCUGAGAGAGAGGCCUGGAGCUAAGACUGGCCCUGACCAUGACCUUGGGCAAGUCACCCCCCUCACUGAGCCUCAGUUUGCUUCUCCAUCAAAUGGGUGUUUUUCUUUCAGUCCCAGUCCUCUCCUGAGGCUUUUCCCAGAGGUCAUGCCCAGCCCUGGGCAGGGGUGAGGGCAGGGUUGUGGCUGCCCCAGGCCCAGGUCCAGUGGGCUGGGAGUCCUCACCAUGGCUGGCUGUGCUGAUUAUGGUUGCAUGGGGCUGGGAAGAGGUCCCAUUUCUGAGCCACAGAAACAGGCCACAUCCGGUAGGGGUCCUGGAAGUCUGUGAGAACCCAGAGGAGACCCCGACCCAGCCUGCAGGUAGAAGACUGCCUUUGGAGGCAGCUUUGAAAGAUGACUCUUCCGCCGGGUGCGGUGGCUCAAGCCUGUAAUCCCAGCACUUUGGGAGGCCGAGGCGGGCGGAUCACGAGGUCAGGAGAUCGAGACCAUCCUGGCUAACACGGUGAAACCCUGUCUCUACUAAAAAUACAAAAAAUUAGCCGGGCGUGUUGGCGGGCGCCUGUAGUCCCAGCUCCUCGGGAGGCUGAGGCAGGAGAAUGGCCUGAACCCGGGAGGCGGAGCUUGCAGUGAGCCGAGAUCGCGCCACUGCACUCCAGCCUGGGUGACACAGCAAGACUCCGUCUCAAAAAAAAAAAAAAAAGAAAGAUGACUCUUCCAGAUGGAAGAAUCAGGAAGGGCCUUCCACGCGGAGGCACCAGCAGGAGCAAACGUCCCUGGUGUGUUCAGGCAAAGAGCCACAGGAGAGUGAGCUCGUGGAGUGGGGAGAGAUUGUUUCCCAUUCCCUUGCCAGGGAUUGGUUGAGGAAUGGACAAGGGAUGCAGUUCCAGCCAGUGAAAUGCGAGGGGAAGUCUUGGGAAUGGGGUGGAGGAAGUUAUCUGGGAAGGGUGUCCUUGGUCUUAAAAAGAGGCACAAGAGGCCGGGCGCGGUGGCUCAUGCCUUUAUCCUAGCACUUUGGGAGGCCAAGGCAGGGGGAUCACCUGAAGUCAGGAGUUCGAGACCAGCCUGGCCAACAUGGUGAAACCCCGUCUCUACUAAAAAUACAAAAAAUUAGCCAGACGUGGUGCUAAGCACCUGUAAUCCCAGCUACUCAGGAGGCUGAGGCAGGAGAAUCACUUGAACCCAGGAGGCAGAAGUUGCAGUGAGCCAAGAUCGUGCCACUGCACUCCAGCCUGUGUGACAAAAGCGAAACUCCAUCUCAAAAAAAAAAGGGGGAGGGUGGCGCAAGGAGAGGACACCUCUCUCCUGGCCCUGUCGCCAUCUUCCCUCAUCAAUAACUAAAAAUGGCAGAGAAGAAAGAGCCAGGACCCCGUGCCAUCAAAUCCUCCGGCCUUGACGCUGCCCUGUCUCAGCACUGCUUGCCUUAGGAGAUCAGGAGUGUUCCUAGCUACUGGGAGAUGGGAUGCCUGCCACUGGCAGCACUGCCGUCCAUCCUCACCAUCCCACCAUCCCCCCAGGACAGCUCUCCAUCCCAUCCUCUGCCUCCCUUCUAGCCUUAGCCUAACUCAGGGCUCCCCCGUCUCACACCUGGGUUGCAGGAACAUCCCCUUUACCAACCCCCCUCCCAUCCCUCCUCAGGGCUGCCUAGGGGAUCUGCAAAAACCAGGCCAACCUCUGAAAGGUGCUCCACAUCUCAUGAAAAACUGUGAAAUCGCACUGCCCCACUAUUAGAGUAGCUCAGAGGAGAAGGUCUGCCAGUACCAAGUGCUGGUGGGGAUACGGAGAACGGCAGCUCCCAGGCGCUGCUGGUGCAAAUGUGCUUUGUUGCAACCACAGCAGGAAACUGACCGGCUUCUCAAGUUAAAUACGCAUCUACCCUAUGGCCUAGCAUUUCCACUCCUGCUUACACAUCCAGGAGAAAUGAGUGCUUACAUGCACAAAAGGAUGAGUACCAUAAUACUCAUAUCAGCAAAUAAACAAUAUAGCUGUGUGUCAG